CAGUAGUUUCUUUCUUUCCUAUCCACUCUGGUCUCUCCCCUCUGCCUGCCUGCCUUGCCAACCGAGUCAUUCGGUCUGACCUUCCCAGGCUCAUUUCAUCCAAAAGAAAAAAAAAAUCUACUCCAGAUUUCAGAAUGACCUCCAGCAUUAAGACCACUUCUUACAGUUUGAGGAGCUCUUCUGGCCCACGGAGCUUCAGCAGCAGCUCUUAUGCUGGACCAGGCGGUAUCACCUCCCGCAAGAGCUACAAUGUCAAGACUUCCUAUGGAGUCAGCAGGGGCUAUGGAGGAGCUGGCAUCACCAGUAGCUCUGCCUAUGGCCUGGGCUCAAGCAUGGGUGGUGUAGGAAUGGGUAUGGGUAUGGGUAUGGGUGGUGGCAUGGUUGCUCAGGCCCCCAUCACUGCUGUAACUGUGAACAAGAGUCUGCUGGCCCCCCUGAACCUCGAGAUUGACCCCACCAUCCAGGCCGUCCGCACCCAGGAGAAGGAGCAGAUCAAGAGUCUCAACAACCGCUUCGCUUCCUUCAUUGACAAGGUUCGCUUCCUGGAGCAGCAGAACAAAAUGCUGGAGACCAAGUGGAACCUGCUGCAGGGACAGACCACCACCCGCUCCAACAUUGACGCCAUGUUCGAGGCCUACAUCGCCAACCUACGCAGACAGCUGGACAGCCUGGGCAAUGACAAGAUGAAGCUGGAGGCUGACCUCCACAACAUGCAGGGCCUGGUGGAGGACUUCAAGAACAAGUAUGAAGAUGAGAUCAACAAGCGCACAGAGUGUGAGAAUGACUUCGUCCUCAUCAAGAAGGAUGUCGAUGAGGCCUACAUGAAUAAGGUUGAGCUGGAGGCCAAGCUUGAGAGUCUGACAGAUGAGAUCAACUUCCUCAGGUCGAUCUAUGAGGAGGAACUGCGUGAGCUCCAGAGCCAGAUCAAGGACACCUCAGUCAUUGUGGAGAUGGACAACAGCCGCAACCUGGACAUGGACGCCAUUGUGGCUGAAGUCAAGGCUCAGUACGAGGACAUCGCCAACCGCACCCGCUCCGAAGCAGAGACAUGGUACAAGACCAAGUUUGAGGAGAUGCAGACGUCCGCCAACAGAUAUGGAGAUGACCUGAGGGCAACCAGGUCAGAGAUCGCAGACCUCAACCGCAUGAUCCAGAGACUGACAUCAGAAAUUGAUGCUGUCAAGGGACAGCGUGCCAACUUGGAGGCCCAGAUCGCUGAGGCUGAGGAGCGUGGUGAAAUGGCAGUGAGGGACGCCAAGGCCCGCAUCAAGGACCUUGAAGACGCCCUGCAGAGAGCCAAACAGGACAUGGCCCGCCAGAUCAGAGAAUACCAGGACCUGAUGAACGUCAAGCUUGCUCUGGACAUUGAGAUCGCAACUUACAGGAAACUGCUGGAGGGAGAAGAGGACAGGCUGGCAAACGGCAUCAAAGCUAUCAACAUCUCCCAACAAAGUACAAGCUACAGCAGUUUCCCCGUGGACUCCAUGAAGAGCAGCUACUCCAGCAGCUACUCCAGUGGUUACAGCAGCGGAUAUGGUAGCGGAUAUGGCAGUGGCGUUGGUGGCUUCAGUGGCAGCAGUGCCGGCGGCUACGGCACCACCCAGAGCAAGAAGAAUGUUGUUAUCAAAAUGAUUGAGACCAAAGACGGCAGAGUGGUGUCUGAGUCCUCUGAGGUCAUUGAGGAUUGAGCUGUCUAGUUAGAGGUGUAGCUACCUGUCUGCUAUGAUCUCCUCUGCCUCUAUGGUAGUUUUAUACUCACAGUUCACCCUCCACCCAAACUAUUGUCAUAAACAAGUCUGAAGUAAAAUGUUUGCCAGCCACUCUCCAGUAGAGCCUAAAUAUUUUUAUGAAGAAGUAAAUGAACACUACCAAAGAUCUGAAAGGGACCAAAGAAUUUCUGAUCUGAUGCCUGAUGCCUUACUGUCUGUACUUAAAAAAAGAAGUUUUGUCUAAGAAAGUAAGAUUUAAAAAAAAAAAAAAAACGGGCAAAUUGCAAGAAACAUUUCCGCAAAAUCUAUGCAACAGCUAUUUCAUAGAUGACGAGCUGUUACCGUCAAAACUAUGUUGCAUCAAAUGGACAGUGGUGUUGUCAAAGGAAUGUGAAUGUACUGAAACAGUGCUUCAGUGUUGUUGGUCAACUAAUGUCUUAAAAUUGCCUGCUACAGUAGGUAGUGCAUGUCUUCCCUGUGCAGUAUCCUGUAACUGAGACUGUUCAACCCCUUAGGAGGCUGCCCAUAUCAUACUGUUGUCCUGAGGUGCUGUUUUUGCUACCAAACCAAAUAAAAAUGUGUUUACUGAAAAAAAA